CAACAAUGUGACUCUAGGAGGUUAUUGCUGAGUUGUGCUGAUGUUGAUUUCAUACUGUGAUAUUUUUUCUCUAUUUACCUAGAGAUCAGUAUUUCAAUAUAUAACGAUGUGCAUGUUUUCCCCCCUUCUCCCGCUGCAUGCAGGGAUUCGGGUUCGUAACUUUCGAGAAUAGUGCUGAUGCAGACAGGGCCAGGGAGAAAUUACACGGCACCGUGGUAGAGGGCCGUAAAAUCGAGGUUAACAACGCCACAGCGCGAGUGAUGACCAAUAAGAAGAUGGUCACACCUUACGCAAAUGGUUGGAAGUUGAGUCCUGUGGUUGGAGCGGUGUACGGCCCUGAGUUAUAUGCAGCGUCCAGCUUUCAAGCAGAUGUCUCGCUGGGCAAUGACGCCGCAGUGCCCCUGUCAGGAAGGGGGGGUAUUAACACUUACAUUCCUUUAAUCAUUCCAGGCUUCCCCUAUCCAACUGCAGCCACCACAGCAGCCGCGUUUCGGGGAGCCCAUCUGAGGGGCCGAGGAAGGACAGUGUAUGGGGCAGUUCGGGCAGUACCUCCCACAGCCAUCCCUGCCUACCCAGGAAUAGUCUUACAGGAACCAAUCAUUAGCGCUAAAAUACCUCAG